ACAACGACAAAACCAAAUUGACAUUAAUUUUAUCGAAUCAGAUGACAAACCCGUGACUGCUUCUUAAAGAAAUUUUUUACAUUUUUUUCGUUUCUUUAUUGGUCAGUCUUAUUUUUUCAUUUGUGCUGAUCAUUUCAUCAAAAUGAUAAAAUUAAGUGUGGUGUGCUGUGUCCUGUUUUUCGGUGGACUUACCAUUGCUGAUAAUGUUCCUGCUUUAAUUUGGGGCCCAUUCGAUCAUUACACACCAGCCCUAGCAUUGAAAUCAUAUAAUGGGGACGAAUUUAUCGAUGUCCUGAGUGAGCACACAACGCCUGACGCAUUUACUCUUGUCAUUGCCGAAGAUCAGCUAUCAACUGAAGACCUUUCCCAAUGCAGAACUACAAUUGGCAAUACUUGCUUCCCAGGAAUUCAACAGCAGAAAAGUAAACUUUAUCUUCCCAACGUUGAGAACCCUGUUCCAGUUAUGGAAGGUUUUGCUGGAUCGGAAAGGAUUGAGGCCUACCUUUUACCGAACGGUGCAUUAAGCGAGCCGCUUAACACCGAUGAAGGUGGAAAGUUUGUUUUUAUCAACUUCCCAGAUGAAGCUACCGACGAAACGAAAGCUUCUAAAUUAUCGCGACACGAUCAACUCAUUUCGAAGCUUUCUGCGGAUCUAGCAGCACAGAAUAUAAAUUAUGUCAUAAUUUACACCGGAAAACGUUCUGAACAUCAGAAACGUGUCGUUCGUCAAGCAGUAAGUCCAGCACCAGCAGCCUCGUCUACUACAUCGGCAACAACAUCUGCAACAACUACAACAACAGCUGCAACCUCUACAACGGUUCGACCAAAACAAACAGCCGCUGACGGAAUAUUUUGGAAACGCGAGCGUCUAUUAAUGUACUACCUCGGCUUGCAACAGGUAGCUCAAGACGGAACCGCCACAAACAUAGACGUCGGAAACAUAACAGUAGGCGAGUUAACUGCAGGUAGAAUUGGAGUUUCAAUGGUUGCUGGUACCAAUACAUUUGCAUUCAACAUUAGCGGCGACAGUGGUUACUGGUGGGUUCAUGAUUUCACAUGGAACGAUCAGGCAAUACUGUCAAAUACUCGUAUAGCUGCAGUGGAUACGUUUUCAUUCCAUUGUUCACCAUCAAUUGAUAUAGGCACACUGAACAAAGCCACUUUGAUUCGUUGGACGGGUCUGCAGAUUCAGCCAGAAUUCGGCACUGUUGCAGAACAAGCCUUCGACUCGUUUGGCGACUCCUGGGACUGCGUAGGUUUCGUCAGUCCCGGUAUUGUAGGCGGAUUAUUCGUCGUCAUUAUGCUUCUGUUCAUUUUGUCCAUCGGCAUAUCGUGGAUGAUGGACAUAAACACGAUGGAUCGCUUUGAUGAUCCGAAAGGGAAGACAAUUACUAUCAGCGUUAAUGAGUAAUUUCGUCCGGAAGUAUGCAAAUAUAAAGUGCGCACAAGUAUUUCACAUAUACGCGGCCUUAUGAUCCAAACGGUUUUACUUUCGAUUGAAUCGUGUUGUAGGAAAUUAAAUAUUGUUCAGUAAAUAAAUUGAAAUUUUAGACAGAAAAGG